GGCCUCAGCCUGUCCAUCCUGCCCAUCACUCACUCGACGGUGCGGCGCCCAGUGUGCGUGUGCACGUGGGGUACGAGGAGCGGACGACGCUAAUCGCGCGUUGUUUUGCUUCAAUCUCGCGUCGACCUGAAACCAAUGAGUCUACGUUAAUCAAACCCCUUACCUGGCAACAACCGCGAAACACCCAGGCCGCCCGCAAACACGCCUACGCCACCCAGGUCUGCUGCUGCUGUCGCUGAUGCCCGCUCAACUCGACCGCUGCUCCUGCCUCAGUCUGUAGCCUGCCUCCCCUAUCCACCGCCCACCAUGGACCCAACCGCCGUCUCCCCGCCCGCCCGCCUGUCUUCGCCAGAGCCAUGGGCCACGCCGUCGCUCGCCCUCAACGCCGUCCCGCAACUCGACCGCUCCGUGUCCACCGAGUCGUCGCGGUCCUCCGUCUCCGGGCGCUCGGUGAGCUCGAGGGUCUCGGAGAGUGGCAUACCCAGACGACGCGGCUACAUGCGCCCGGAAGGCACCCAAUUUUCCGACUCGGCCAAGAACAGAGAGAGCGUCAUGAACCUCGGCACCAUUGCGCACCUGCAGUACUACUUUGCGCGCACCGGACUGCUGGACACGGCCACGGGGCGCGUCGCAAAGGGACGGAGGCCGGGCUCACGGACGCCGAGUGGGAAUGAGCGCCCGCUGUCAGAGGGCGACCUGUCGACGAUGCUGUCGCUGGCCUCGCCCACAGGCACCAUCGACCAUAUGGGCGAGAGCUUUGUCGAGUCGCCCCUCGACGACAUGGCCUCGAUGAGCUGGGAGGACAACGAGCCCAUGAUGUUGCCGCCGACCGUCAGCACCUACAAGAACAACCCCGUCUAUGUGCCGCCACCACCCGACAUGACAGUCCUCCGCCGCGAACUGCGCGAGUCGCUCGCCGAAGCCGCAAAGCACCUGAAAGAGAUCGAGAAAGGCUUCCCCACCGCGCCACAGAGCGACGACAACACUGAUGGAAAGCGACGCUCGGCCGACGCAGCAGGCUGGUAUCAAAUACAAGGCCUGAACCUGCUCGACGUGACGACAUUAGCCAUCAGAGCCGCGAAGAACUACUACACCGCACACGAAGCGCCGCAACGACUCUACGCCAUCAAACCCGAACGCCAGAUCCGCAAAGAGCUCUACCAAGUACUCGAAGUGCUGAAACGGUUGGCGAUACGCAACUUUGCCAACGGUGUGCAACUGUAUGAAGUUUCUCAGAUCAGGCAAUGGAUAGUAGACAUCAGCCAACUGCUCGACACUGAAGAAGAACUGGAGAUUGUCGAGCACGAGGAGCGCGAGAGCUGGACAUGGCGCGAGGGCGACUGGACAGGCAGAGAACGAGAGCGGGAACUCCUAUUUCUCCGGUCGUUUGACAGCAGUACAGACGUCCUCCCCGAAUGGACAGAAGCCAGCGACACAAACAUCCCCACACCCUUCCUCUCCGCGUUACAGAACGGCCUACGUCUAGUACACCUGCACAACACGCUCGUGCGCAAGUCACGGCGCCAAUUCGAAGAAAUCAAGCAGUUCCACACCGACACAGCGAAACCAUACCGAUGUGCAGAUAAUCUGCGCUACUGGGUCAAGGCUGCCGAACUGCGCUGGGACAUCAAGCUCGACGUCGACGUCAUGGGCAUUGUGCAUGGCACGGAUGCGGUGGCCUGGCAGAAGUUCGAUGCUGCCGUGCUGACGUGGUGUCAGGGCGUCAGGGCAGAAAUCACAGCAGAGUGGGCCAAGGAGAAGCAGAAGCAGAAGAAACGCACGCCCACGCUGCAUCUGAGAACGCCCACGCUGCAGGACAGUUCCGAUCCUGGCUUUGAGAUCGUCGAUGCUAGUGUUGCGGCAUAGUCCCCAACUCUGACUUCAAGGCUGAGGCCUGAACUGUGUAAAGGGGAACACGCGGAUAUGAACAUGGAGUUUAUGUCGAGGGCGGAUUCUGUCAUCUCAUCUCAUCUUUUCACCUAACAUCUACAUCUCCUUCUCCUUCACUGUCAAAGUGUGUGUCUUUUUCUUACACCAUAUCUACCCUUCUAAUUGACCCCGUCGAGUAUAGCAUCAGGAUGUUUGGACGCGCGCGCAGGCUUUUCCUUUCUUACCCUUCUUCUUCGUGUCUCGGUCGACAGGUCAGUGUGUGUGUGGUGCUGGAUGGAGACUUGAGUUAGAUACCCCAUAUUACGCAGGGAGAGGACUGCAGCUUUUGCUUUGUUUCGUUGUUUAUAGUUGGGGCUACAUGCAUGGUAGAUUGAUAGGUUGAUAGGUCGAUAUAGAGACUCCACUCACAGACUUGCUUGA